AUGUGGACACUUGACUUGAAAUGCGUAUCAUUCAGAUCAGCAGAUAUACAAUUGGCAGCGUUUCACCCGAAUGCAUCUUUCGGAGAGAGUGCGGUGACAAUCAUUUCAGGUGUACGAGUGGCAGCAAGUGUGUCUCUGUGUACUGAAAACGACUUCAAUGAUGGUAGUGACGAAGAGGGGUGUGAUUCUGAGCAAAAGACUCAGUGUGACGAAGAUGAGUUCAGGUGCGCAACAGGAAACAAGUGCAUUUCUUCAUCAUUCCGGUGUGAUACAGAUAAUGAUUGUGAUGAUGGCAGCGAUGAAAAGGAUUGUGAUACGAGGGAAUGUGACAAAAAUGAGUUCAGAUGCGUAACAGGAGACAAGUGCCUCCCUUCAUCAUAUCGGUGUGAUUCAGAUAGAGACUGUGAUGAUGGCAGUGAUGAAGAGGGCUGUGAUAAGAUUGAAUGUGACGAAGAUGAGUUCAAAUGUGUAACAAGUGGUAGCUGCAUUAAUGCAUCAUAUCGGUGUGAUUCUGAUGAAGACUGUGAAGAUGGCAGUGAUGAACAGGGCUGUGAUAAGAUUGAAUGUGACGAAGAUGAGUUCAGAUGUGCAACAGUAGACAAGUGCAUUUUAUCAUCAUUUCGGUGUGAUACAGAUGAUGAUUGUGGUGAUGGCAGUGAUGAAGAGGGCUGUGAUAAGAUUACCUGCGGAGAGGAUCAGUUUACUUGCAAAAGCGAUGGCACUUGCAUCCCCAUGGCCUGGAAGUGUGAUUCUGACAACGACUGUCCGGAUAGCAGCGACGAGGAUCAGUGUGAGGAAGAAAGCUGCAGAGAUGAUCAGUUUACUUGCAAAAGCGAUGGCACUUGCAUCCCCAUGGCCUGGAAGUGUGAUUCUGACAACGACUGUCCGGAUAGCAGCGACGAGGAUCAGUGUGAGGAAGAAAAAAAAUGUGGAAUCGACAAUUAUAAAUGCAGAGAUAACACAUGCAUACCCUUGAGCUGGGUCUGUGAUGGCGAAGAAGACUGUGGCAAUGGUGAUGAUGAAGAAAAAUGCAGCUCUCAAGUCGAGUGCAAAGCAGGCGAAGUGUUGUGCGCAGGAAACUCCACUUGUCUGCCAAAGAGCAAGUGGUGCGAUGGUGCCAGGGACUGUGAGGACGGCAGUGACGAGGCGGACUGUGGUGUGAAGGCCAAACCGAGGGAAAAAUGCAGAGACGACGAGCUAGUGUGCAAGUCAACGGGUUCCUGUAUAUCUUUCUUCGAGGUGUGUGAUGGUAUAAGCGACUGUGACGACGGCAGUGACGAGGAGCAGUGCAUAGAUAGCUGUGGCAGUGAGGACACCCCUUGCAUGCACGAAGCCACGUGUUCGCUUGAAUGUCAGGGAGAAGAGGAAUGUUCUACGCUAGAAUAUGGAUGCUUUGUGUUUGAAUGCAAUGCCAACUACUCGAUCUGCGACACCAAUAAAUGUUUCCAUGAUCUGCUGAAAUGUGACGGAGAGAAGGACUGUAAGGAUGGGAGCGACGAGGCCUUCUGUCGUGAGCCCACAGAAAGAUGCGCGGAGGGAUACACCCAGUGCAGGACCGGAACUCGCUGCAUCCGGGACUCGUGGCGGUGCGACGGCGAAAAGGACUGCCCCAGCGGAGACGACGAAGAGAAUUGUAGCGACUGCGGAAGUCACUUCACCUGCGAAGAUUCCAAGAAGUGUAUUCCGACCUCGUGGAAGUGUGACGGCGUGAUCGACUGCCACGACGGAACCGAUGAAUAUAGCUGCCCUGUUUUACAGACAUGUGAGGAAUUCUGGUGCGACUCUGAGACCAAGUGCAUCGCCAAUAUCUGGAAAUGUGACGGGGACUUCGACUGUUUAGACGGCACCGAUGAGGAGGGCUGCCCUGAGGUGCAGUCCUGUCAUGAGGAUAUUGGGCAGCUAAGAUGUGACAACGGCACGACCUGUGUUGAUGCUGAGAAAGUCUGUGAUGGAAUCAGAGACUGUGAAGACGGUUUUGACGAAAAUCGUUUCUGUGAGAAGGCAUGCCAGCCAGGGAAGUGUAGCCACACAUGUGUGAAGAGCCCGAGCGGGGGGGUGUGCACGUGUCCGGAAGGCCAAGUAAUUGACGACCUGGGAACCACUUGCCAAGACGGAAUACCCCCUGCCUUCAUUCUUGUUGCUUCGUCAAACAAGGUGGAGGCUCUGUCUCUGGACGGCUCAACAAACUUCACAGUUUACGAAGGGAAGAAAAGGGAAAACGUCACGAUAGUUGCCGUCGCAUAUGACCCUGUAACUGACAUGGUGUUUUGGAGUCUGAGCCAGCAUGGUGGAAUAUAUAAGAAACCUUUGAGAAGUCCAGGCGCCGCUGCAUAUAUCAUUGAUACAGAUGGGAAGCCCGUGGAUGGCCUGGCCGUGGACUGGCUGGGAAGAAACCUGUACAUGGCGGACAGUGGGCGGAACCGCAUCACAGUGUGCGACUUGAACGGCGUUUAUUGCAACACGCUCGUGCCGGGAGUGACGGCUGUGAGAGGCAUUCAAGUCGAUCCCGUCAACAGAAAGCUGAUAUGGUCCACAUGGCUAUCCUCCAAGAUCGAAAUCGCCAACAUGGACGGGUCGAACCGCACCCUCCUCGUCCCAGACCUCCGUUGGCCAAAUGCAAUCGCCGUAGAUCCAUCGAAAAGACGCCUCUACUUCUUCGACGCCCGGACCGAUAAGGCUGAGGUGAUUAACUACGACGGAACGAAACGGAGGAAUCUGGUAAACGCUAACCUGACACACCCUUAUGCCAUGGCUUUGUGGGGGAAUAAACUAUACUACACAGAAUGGAUAAAUGACCAAGUGUGGACCUGUGACAAGAAAGACUGCGGUAACCGAAAGCAGCUGACGAGAUGGCACGAGAGAACGCCCUAUGGCAUUGUGUUGUACCAUCCCGAUAUGUACUCUGAGGCUGAAAAUUCCUGCCGAGAAAACACCUGUUGUAAACUCUGCCUGCUGUCUUCUUCCUCUGAAAACGGAUACAAAUGCCUGUUCGAUGACCCCAGUGAAUGUGGGGAGACGAAGAAGUCAAAAAAACUGGUAGUUGCUUAAGAAUGGAAAGUUCACCAUUGGGCCAGUGAAAUUAAUUUACUUGUUUUUCGUCAGCAUCCACGUGUUAUAGUGGCACAGCUUCUAAUAUCCUUUUUUAUUCCGAAAUUGUUACUGUUUUGUGGGUAAACAGCAAAAAACUAACAAAAAUUUUGUCAGUUGAAAAUACGCUUCAGUAUAGUUAUCGAGUUUAUAUAUGUGUAUGUAUAUAUGUGUG